AUGGCAUUCAAAGACUCCACCCUCGCGAAAUAUAUCAAAAAUAUCAAGUCUUCGCCGAGGCCGUUGAUCUCCAACAAGAAUCUGAUCUUGACAUCGCUCGUCUACGCAGCAGCUGGCAUUCCGCUUUGCUGGGAUCAGGGCUCUGUAUCUACGAUUACGUCGCUUCCUGGAUUCCAGCAUGCGUUUGGUAUUUCGUCAGCCACCAACCCGAAGCAGGUCUCCGAUUUCAUCUCUCUCGUCUAUGUAGGCGCCUCGGUUGGUGCGGCAUCGACAUACUUCGUCAACGAUGUCUGGGGCCGCUUGUGGGCAUUUCGUUUCUAUGGACUUAUCUGGAUCAUUGGCCAACUGAUGGCUGUCGCCUCAUCUGGAAACAUUGGCGCCAUGUAUGCAGCCCGAAUCAUUGCCGGUUUGGGCAUUGGCCCAAUGACUGUCAUUGGACCGGUCGCUUUGAGUGAGGUUGCUCCGGCCGAAAUUCGGGGCCUGAUCACAUCCUGGUUCUCCGUCAUCAUGCUGCUCACUCUGACAACUGCGGCCUUUACUGUCUUCGGGUGCUUCCACAUGGCCGCCAGUUCCUUACAGUGGCGCAUUCCGUUCUUCGCGCCUACCAUCGUUAUGGCGCUUGUCAUCGUCGCCAGUUUUUUUAUUCUCGAAAGCCCUCGUUGGCUUUUCCUUGUGGAUCGAAAUGAAGAAGCCAUCGAGGUUCUGGUCAAAUUGCGCGGCCUGCCGCUUGAGCACCCCCGCGUACAGAGUGAGGUGGAAGAGAUCAAGAAGUCUAUCAUCAAGGAGCGAGAGGCAUCCGGGUCUGCCAAGCCUGGUUCGUUCGCUGCCCUGCGUGGUGUGUGCAAAGAGAUGUUCCUAGUCAAGGCAAACCUUCGUCGCACGCAGCAGGGCAUGGUAUCAUAUGCUCUUGCACAGCUAUCCGGUGCCAACAGCAUUACGACUUACUUGGUUCCUGUCCUCAGUCUCAUUGGUGUCAAGGGCGGCACCACCAACAGUCUUCUAUAUGCCGGUCUUUACUCAAUGGCAAAGUUCUUCUACACGCUGAUCGCCAGUUUUUUCUUCGUCGACGCUCUUGGUCGACGUAACAGCUUGUUCAUUGGCAUCACUGUCCAAAUGAUCUCCCACAUUUACAUCAGCGUCUUUAUCAAGUUCAACCAGACUACUGGGACCUCCCACGCUGCUGGGCAAGCUGCCCUUGCUGCCAUCUUCCUACAUGGAUUUGGCUAUGCUGUUGGUCUUCUCAUUUUACCCUACGUCUUUGUGAGCGAGCUGUGGCCCAACCAGCUCCGCUCCUUUGGUGCAGCGAUUACGCAAUGCUUCCACUGGAUCUUCUUCUUCGGUGUUAAUAAGGGAGUUCCAUCACUGCUUGCAAGCACUCACAACUGGGGCGCCUUCCUGUUCUUCGCGGGGUGGUGUUUCCUGGCACUUCUAUAUACAUUCUUCACAGUCCCAGAGACCGCUGGAUUGGAUAUGGAGAGAAUUGACGAGUUGUUCGAAGGUCCUUGGUGGAACCAGUACAAGAGGGCCAAGACUAUGACUCGGGAUCCAGCUAUCCUUGAAGCUACUGAUUCCAACGCCAUUGGAGCCGAGAGCGGUAAAGUCACAGACCAUGUGAAAGUUUAA